AAAUAGUUUGCAAAUAAAAUGUCGGGAAAGACUCUAUUCAAUGUAGAUGCUCCAGGGGAAUACAGUGGAAUCAAUGUUUCUAAGGCUAAAAGUAAAUGGUCUUUUCCAAAAGAUUCAAGAUUUCCCAAAACUAAGCAAAGCUAUUGUGCAACAGCUGCGUAUGAGAUCAUCAAUGGAUAUGGCAAAAGCAAAGGCACUUCAUUUGGAUAUGGAAACAGGUUCAAGGCUAAGACUAGUGAUAGCCCAGAGCCAGGCAGAUAUGACUCAGGGUAUAAGUAUGACUCAAAGAAACUAUCAGACCCUAAGUACUCCUUUGGGAGUCCUGGGUCAAAGAUGGACAAUUCAUACUUGAAGAAGAACAUCCCAGGGCCAGGAUCUUAUGCACCAUAUCCUGACUUUGGUAAGUCAGAUAAAAAGAUGUCAUUUGGAAGCAGAACUCAAAGUUUGACAGACUUAAGAGGAAGUAAUCCAGGUCCUGGUUCAUACAAUUAUCAGAAACCUAUUGGUGGAGAUAAAGGAAACCUUUCCUACAAACCAGGAAUGAGAUUCAAGGAGAAUGCUACAGCCGUUCCAGGGCCAGGGUCUUAUAAUCCAGGAAAUGGCAUUAGUUCUUCUAUAGAGAGAGCUAAAGGAGGAAAAUGGGGAAUUGACAGAAAGAAGGACAUGGUUCUGAGAAAUUCGGUCAAAAACCCAGGCCCAGGAUCAUACAAGAUCAUGAGAGACUUCGGAAAUUACUAAUUCUGAAUAAUUUGACUCUUG